AUGGCCGAGUUCACAGGACUGUCCUGGUUCAAUAUCGUUGAAUGGCAUUUAAUCGCCAUUGCCAUGUCGCUAAUCAUAAUUCAGAAUCUCUGUCGUUCAAUAUAUCGCACCAUCAAGUCUCCCUUCCCGGGGCCCAAACUAGCCAAGUUCACUAAAUGGUGGCUGACGCUGCAUGAAUUGCGAGAUGGGAUUCUGAACACGACCCAUCAUGCCCAUCAAAUCUACGGUCCAAUCGUGCAAUUGGGCCCAAAGAUGAUUUCCUUCUGUCAUCCAGAUGCUCUACGGGAUAUCUACACAGGACCCCAUGGAGGCCUUGAUACCUUUGACCUUGUUUGGUUUUUUGAGCAGUAUGGCUCGCAAAACCUAGUCAGCACCAUUGACCCAGAAUUGCAUCUAAUGCGCAGGAAAACUGUGGCGGGUCUUUAUACGAAUACCGUUGUAUCGUCGCCGGCUGUCCAGGCCCUGAUGAAAACGGUUAUCAAUACGUUCAUGGAUGAAAUUGAAAGGGAAGCAACAGCGGCAGCGGGGGAACUGCCCCCGCGAACUGUCGAUGUAUUUCCCCUCAUCAGAUGGUUUACUGCAGAUAUUAUGACCGGUUUGAUAUACGGACCUGGGAAACCUCUCAAUCUGCUGAAGAACGCAGACUCAAGGGCUGAGAUGGCUGAACUUCUCACCUCAAAUACAGACCAAGUGGCCAGCCUGUUCGCGAUUAUUUUGCAAUUAUUUCCGCUCUCCAUGUUGAAGCUACUAUCACCACUAAUCAACCCGGGGACGAAAAUGGCCGCUUACGGCAUGUCCAGGGUCAAGGAAUCUCUCAGACUCCGUUCCCAAUCAUCAAACGACGAUCAUGGGGUGACCCAUGACAAGAACGAAAUCAAAGCACACCUCCAUCAUCUUCUUCACCUCUUCAAAAAGAACGGCCCUAGCCCUGCUCUCCCGAACGUGAACUAUAUAGCCAGCGAUAGCCUAGAUCACUUCUUCGCAGGCACCUCUACAACCGCCGACUUUCUCUCCGCGCUAAUCUACCGCCUUUCCCUCCCCGAAAACAAACGCCACCAAGACAACCUGCGCGACGAACUACGUUCUAUCACCUCAAAAGACCCAACAGCAUCUUUGGAAGAUAUAACCUUAUCAGACCUGCAAAGCCUGCCCUUCCUAACAAGUGUUUUACAGGAAACAUUCCGAACCAACCCGCCCAUCCCAUUCAGUCUCCUGCGGAUAGUUAAGGCCAAGAAUCCCGAUAUCACCGUGCUGGGCAUAAAGAUAGAGCCUGGAACCACCAUCUCCAUCCAACCAUACACCCUCCACCGCGACCCGGAGAUAUUUCCCAAUCCAGACGUCUGGGACCCGGAGCGCUGGCGUUCUUGUAUUACCACAACCACAACCACAGCCUCAGCCACGACGUCCACUUCCACAUCCACCUCCCAAAAGCACCGCCAGAUGCAACGCAUGCUCAUGCCGUUCGGGUACGGGGCGCGAACUUGCACGGGGAUUAAUCUUGCGUGGGCGAUUAUUCGUCUGGUGACGGCGAGGAUGUACAGCACUUAUAAGACGUCGUUGGAUGAAGGAGUAUGGUUUGAGGAGGGGAAGAAGGGGGAAGUGAGGAAGAAAAAGUAUUUGUAUCCGGAUGAUGGUGUGCAGCCAGUUGUGUUUAGGAGGGUUUGA